AUGGAUGGUUCCUCCUCAAUCAUCCUCCGACUGGAACCCAGUGACAUUGCCACGAUCAAAUCCGUGGCAGACGGGUACAAGCUUGAGGAGGUCUAUGGUGCCAUGCGCAAGCUUUGGAGUGGGGACUCUCUGAUGACCAAAGACAUGGAGAAGAAGAAGCGUCUUGGUUCCACCAAGAUUAUGAUGGUGGAUGAGGGUCCUGAACAGGCCGUUCAUGCGGCCACACUGGUCAACGAUGAAGACAAUGAGCCCAAUGAUGGAGAAGAUGCUGAUGAGGUCUAUGAGGCCAUGGGAGAAGAGUGGAUGGAUGAUGAGACAAGCCCUGAAGUCUUGGCAGCCUUCCAGAAGAUGAAAUACAAGGAAGCUCGACAGGCCCUGGUGAAAGCCAGGACCAACCGUGGUUUCUUUCCCACUCGCUCAUCCCGCUCUGGGGCGAGAUCUACCACUUUGACUGGUUCCGGCACUGCUGGACCACAUGUCCAGUUUUCUGGCAAAUGCAUGCGCUGUGGAAAGAUUGGACACAAGGCCCGUGAUUGCCGUCAGACGACUCAACGUCGACCCAACUCUGACCUCGGUGGUUCUGUUGGUUUUGUGGGAUGGUGCCUUGAUGGCGUGGGAGAAAAGUGUCCUAUUCUCGAUGAGGAUGAGCAACUCAAUCCCUGGCUCCUGGAAGAGGACCUUGACCAUUGCUUCAACUUGGAGUCCUCAGUCAUGGUGGUGACCACCGUGGAAGACAAAGACAUUGAAGCUGACCACUCGCUGAUUGCGUCCAACUCCAUUGAUGUCACCCGCUGCAAGGCCGUCAUUGAUUGUGGCGCAUCGGAAUCCAUUGUGGGUGACUUCCAGCUGCAAGAGUACCAUGAUGAGCUGCAAAACCUGGGAUUUGAUCCGGACGCUGAGAUUAGUAUCGAUCGUGACUUGCAGAAGACGUUCGUGUUCGGAAACGCCCAAACAAGUGCAGCUCUUGGACUUGCCAAAGUGAACACAGGCAUCCUUGGCCAUGAUCAGCAGUUGGACAUUCACGUA